GAGGAAAUAGUAAGGGAAUUGGGGGAGCUACGAGAGGCAAUCGAGUGCUUCAGUCGCCGUGUGGACGGCGCCGCAGUCGUGGCUGAGUGUCUCGUUCAGCAGCUGAGCGAUUUGAGCUGCGACCGAGUAAGUGAAAAAGUGAGAUAUUGCGCCGGAAAGGAAAGCCAAAAAAAGCCAAAAAAUAAAAGAAAUUUGUAAACUUAUGGAGAUGCGGGGUAUCGAACCCCGUACCUCUCGAAUGCAAAGCGAUGUGAGCUACAUCUCCGUUGCUGAGGAUACCGAAAUAACAUGUAUAACAUAAAAAUAAGAAUAAUGAAAAUUCAAGAGAUUGCCAUGCGCUCAUUAAUCCAGAAACCAAUGGCCACGUUGUCUUCAUAUUGGACACGUGGCAACAUCCCAAAACCAGUGCCAUGGGGCCAACUGCGACAACUCCCUAGCCACGUUCUCCCCAUGCAAUGGUCCCACAAGUCUUUAUAUAGUCCCUACAUGUCUCCUUUUUCUCACAAAGCACAGAGAGUUGCAGUUUGCGUCCGUUACUAGUUGUGAAGAUGCCAGGACUCACCAUUGGAGACACCAUCCCAGACCUUGAAGCUGAAAGCACCCAUGGAAAGAUCAAGCUCUACGACUACUUGGGCGACAGCUGGGCCAUCAUUUUCUCCCACCCCGGCGAUUUCACGCCGGUUUGCACUACGGAGCUCGGGAAGAUGGCCGAGUAUUCUCCCAAGUUUCGAGAGAAGGGAGUGAAGCUUGUGGGUUUGUCAUGCGACGAUGUGCCUUCUCACCUCGAGUGGAUCAAGGAUAUCGAAGCCUACGACUCCGGGUGCAAGGUGGACUACCCGAUUCUGGCAGAUCCGAAACGAGAGAUCAUUAAGCAACUUAACAUGGUGGAGCCGGAUGUCAAGGACUCCUCAGGAAACCAAGUUCCCUCGCGCGCUCUUCACAUCGUGGGGCCUGAUAAGAAGGUGAAGCUGAGCUUUCUGUACCCGGCGAGCACGGGGCGGAACAUGGACGAGGUGGUGAGGGUGUUGGAGUCGCUGCAGAAGGCGAACAAGCACAAGGUGGCAACCCCGGCGAACUGGAAGCCGGGGGAUCCGGUGGUCAUUUCUCCGUCGGUGUCUGAGGAGGAGGCCAAGAAGACGUUCCCUCAGGGCUACAAGACUAUGGACCUCCCGUCGAAGAAGGGGUACCUUCGCUUCACAGACGUUUGAUAAUGUUAAAUACUGUGGAGAUAUCCGAAAGAAUGAAGGAGUAGUGUGUAACAUGAAGUAUGUGCCUUUUGUUUGUGACUGGUGCCUAAAUAUGUAGUAGCUUCUGUGGCUGCUGCUACCCUUUGUGUAAUUAAGUAAUGAAGCAUAUUAUCAAUAAUAUCAUGUGUGCGGAUCGA